CAAACGCCAAGGCUUUCUUCGCUAGGAAUCGAAUCGAAUCGAAAGCAAGAAGAUUUCCCGAUCAGUCCAGUGGAAGAUCCCAUCUUCUAAUUCCUCCUGAUUUCGCGAAGAAGAGCCUCCAUUACUGGAGCUUGAAGAAUCCAGAGAAGGGUCCCUUUUCGUAUUCCUCUCUGUUGCCAGCAUUCUCUCAAAAGAGACCCUUCAAUGGCUUCCAUGGCUGCCGUCUUCACCAAAACCCCUUUCCUCUCUCAGCCUCUCCAGAAAACCCGCAGCUCUGAUUUCGCGGUCGCCGGAAUCUCAUUUCCCACGACAUCGAUCCGUCCUAGAAGCCUCCACCGCCGGGGCGGCGGCGUGAGGGCGGGGCUGAUCGAGCCGGACGGCGGGAAGCUGGGGGAGCUGGUGGUGGCGGAGCCGCGGCGGCGGGAAAAGAAGCAGGAGGCGGCGGAGAUGCCGCGCGUGGGGUUGUCGGCGAUCGAUUUGCAGUGGGUCCAUGUCCUGAGCGAAGGAUGGGCCAGCCCGCUCCGUGGGUUCAUGAGAGAAUCCGAGUUCCUCCAAACUCUUCAUUUCAACUCGCUCCGUCUCGACGACGGCUCCAUCGUCAACAUGUCGGUGCCCAUUGUUCUUGCCAUUGACGACGAACAGAAGGCCCUGAUCGGCGAGUCGACCCGGGUCGCGCUCGUCGACUCGGAGAAUAACGCCAUCGCUAUCCUCAACGACAUUGAGAUUUACAAGCAUCCGAAAGAAGAAAGGAUAGCCAGAACAUGGGGAACCACCGCACCCGGAUUGCCCUAUGCGAAAGAGACCAUCACCAAAGCCGGGAACUGGCUUAUAGGCGGCGAACUCGAGGUUAUUGAACCGAUCAAGUACCAAGACGGUCUUGACCGCUUCAGACUUUCCCCGGCCGAGCUCCGUAAGGAAUUCGAGAAACGUGGGGCGGAUGCUGUAUUCGCUUUCCAGCUCAGGAACCCUGUUCACAACGGCCAUGCCCUCCUCAUGACCGAUACUCGUCGGAGGCUUCUCGAGAUGGGAUACAAGAACCCUAUUCUUCUGCUUCAUCCACUCGGAGGCUACACAAAGGCGGAUGACGUUCCAUUAAGUUGGCGAAUGAGGCAACACGAGAAGGUUCUAGAGGAAGGCGUUCUUGAUCCGGAAACGACGGUGGUUUCGAUAUUCCCAUCGCCUAUGCACUAUGCCGGUCCAACCGAGGUGCAAUGGCACGCAAAGGCUCGGAUCAAUGCGGGUGCUAACUUCUACAUCGUGGGCCGGGACCCAGCGGGGAUGGGCCAUCCGACGGAGAAACGGGAUCUGUACGACGCUGACCACGGCAAGAAAGUUCUCAGCAUGGCUCCUGGACUCGAACGGCUCAACAUCCUUCCUUUCAGGGUUGCUGCUUACGACAAGACGCAAGGAAAGAUGGCUUUCUUUGAUCCCUCGAGACCUCAGGAUUUCUUGUUCAUAUCCGGCACUAAGAUGAGGACGUUGGCGAAGAACAAAGAGAACCCACCGGAGGGAUUCAUGUGCAAUGGCGGCUGGGGAGGUCUGGGGGGAUAUUACGACAGCUUAACUCCCGCCGGCGAUGGCAGACUCCCUCAAGCCGUUCCCGCUUAAUAUUCUGGGAGAAAGCCUUUGUUUGUUGUAUAGGAAGGAAGAAACACAGCUUUUGUCAUAUUUUAUAUUCUUGGACCGGACCGGACCGGACCUCCCUUCAUGAAUAAACAGAGUUCGAAUUCAAAGAAAAGUUUUUUUUGGAUUGAAUUCGAGGAAUUUUGUGUUUUUCAGCUUCUUAUCUGUUUAAAGUUGGAUCCUUUGCCCUGACAUUAUCGGUUU